UGUAUUCCCAUGGCCUAGCACAUAGAAAGUGCUCCAUUAAUACUUUUUGGUCUAUAUAACUCAUGCUUAAAUGGGGGCAUUGAUUUAUGGUUUUGCUAUCUGCAAUAAGCGCUAACAUUUUAGGAUAAACAAUUAACAGAAAUACAACAAACAAACAGCAAAUGCAUGAAAAACCAUGAUAAUCUUUUUCAAAUUGAGGCUGGCCGUAAAUAUUGAGGGGGUGGCAGUCCCGAGGUUUGGCGAGAAUGGGUUUGUUCUCACUGAGCAGCUCUCAGUGGACCGCUUCCGGAUGAGGAAGGUAGCGGAAGUUUGGGGUACAGAGUCCUGAUUUUUAAGUAGCCUAGUAUGCUUGGGGGUAGGGGGCAAUUGAGGGGCUAAUUUUCAAAUCAAUAAGGGUGGUGAUCGUUUCCCAAAGUGAUUCCCAGAUCAACUGGAGGUGGGAGUUUCCCACGAGAACCAGGUAGUUUUUGCAGAACCGAGAGGGGAUUGAGAUUUAGGGUUUUUCUAAUCCAGGCCCAUCCCCGGCCCCCAAAAAUCAGGGGGACAGUUCUAUUACAUCAAAAGAACCUCUUGUAGCAGAACCUGAGCUCCCAGUUAAGAAGUGGGGGAAGGCUUCUCAGCGCCCACGGAACUACAAUACCCAGAGUGCCCCGGACCACAUCGAGUCGUCGCCCCUCAUUCUCUACCCUUGACACCCCGCUCAAGCCAAUCAGUCACUAUCCCGUAGUUUGGCCGGUUCGGACCCGACGGAGGCCAGUACAGGCCAGUGCGGGAAUCAGGGUUUUUCCUUUGAGGGGCGGGUCGAGUGGACGCUCCGACCGCCUAGCGAACCAAGGAGCUCUGCCCUUCGCCUCACCUCGCCUCGCCCCGCCCCGCCCGGAGGCUCCCUCCCUCCUGCCCCCUCUCGGCCCUGGCGACUCCCGAGCGAGUCCCAAAAAGGAAAAACGGUUUCUUUCACAAAAGGUCCUGCCAUUUCCAAAAUCGGCACAGAGUGGAUCCUCAGAGUUGUCCCUUCAGUACCAUGGCUACAGCCCUUGGCCUACAGCUUCAGUCUCCCUUGGAGCAGGAAGAGAUCCUCAUUGUGAAGGUAGAAGAAGAUUUCCCUUGGCAAGAAGAACCUCCUUUGCAAAGGAAGGAUCCCAAUCCAGAGACCUUCCGUCAGCUCUUUAGGCUGUUUUGCUAUCAGGAGGUAGCUGGCCCUCGGGAAGCUCUCAGCCGACUCUGGGAGCUCUGUUGUCAGUGGCUGAGACCAGAGAUGCGGACAAAGGAGCAGAUCUUGGAACUGCUGGUGCUGGAGCAGUUCCUGACUGUAUUGCCAGGGGAAAUCCAGACAUGGGUACGGGAACAGCAUCCAGAAAGUGGUGAAGAGGCAGUGGUCCUGGUGGAGGGUUUGCAGAGAGAACCCAGGAAGCAGAGGCAAUGGGGAGCCACGCAGCAAGAGGCAAGGUUCCAAGAGGAGGGAGCACAGAAGUCCUGUCUUGGACCACAGGAACAGCCACACUAUAGAUCCAAAAAGAAUUUCCAACUGCGGCCAAAGAGAGGUUCACCUGUUUCCCGGGUUUCUGCCCUCUUCAGGGAGGAGAGCACUAGAGAACAGCAAACAGCAAGUGCAUUAAUCUCUGCCUGGUCCCAGAUGCCAGUGACAUUUGAGGAUGUGGCUAUGUACCUCUCCCAGGAGGAGUUGGGGCACCUGGAACCAGUUCAGAAAGAACACUACAGGGAUGUCCUGCAGGAAAAUUAUGGAUGUGAGAUCAAGAUUGAGAAAGAAGAUUCCAAGGAGGAUUCUGCCAUGAAAAUGGAAUUGUGUAGAACCUUGCCAGAGAAGUCCAGGGAACAUAGUCUUCAGGCAGCUUGUCAGGGACAUACUUGUCUAAUUCGACCAGAAUGUCAUCAGGGCUAUCCACUGAUUGAGGGAAAGAGCCAAACUCCUGUUCAGGAAAGAAAUAUAAGUCUUCAGAGAGUCUGUAUAGUAGAGAAACCCUACAAAUGCCUUGAAUGUGGAAAAAGCUUUAACAAAAGUUCUCAUUUGAUCAAACAUCAGAGAACUCACACAGGGGAGAAACCCUACAAGUGUCUUGUAUGUGGAAAGGGUUUUAGUGACCGUUCCAAUUUCAGUACCCACCAGAGAAUUCAUACUGGAGAAAAACCAUACAAAUGUAAUGAAUGUGGGAAAUGCUUCAGCCAGAGCUCAAGCCUUGUCAUACAUCGAAGAACUCACACUGGAGAGAGACCCUAUAAAUGUGGGGAAUGUGGGAAAAGCUUCAAUAAUAGCUCUCAUUUUAGCGCACACCGGAGAACCCACACAGGUGAGAAACCCUACACAUGCCAGAAUUGUGGGAAAAGCUUUCGUCGGGGUACUGACCUUAAUAAACAUCAGAGAACACAUACAGGAGAGAGACCCUAUAAAUGCGAGAAGUGUGGGGAAAGCUUCACACGAAAACACCAGCUUGCAGCACAUCAGGAGGUUCAUGCAGGGGAGAGUUAUGUUCACUGAGUGAUGUUUGGAGUAAUUUUCCACUCAAGCUCAGCUUUUCAAAGACACAAUAUACAGCCCUCCUCUUGUUUGAGGGACAUUUAUUUUCAGGAUUUUGAACUUUAUAACGAUGAUUAGGACUAUGCUAUUCAUUUUAUAGAAUCAGAAACCAUUAACUUACAAAAAUUUGAAUACAUUAUGAGUUAUCAAAUGGUAACUAUUACCAUGGCAUACAGUCUGAUUCUAUUACAGAUUGCUAAGAAGUUUUAUGAAGGUGAAGAGAUUUCUGAUAGGGAAAAUGGCACAAAAAUAUUCAUUAUUUCCACUCACUAUGUGGUUCAGGCCUAAUCACCAUUCUGAUCCUUUCUUGUCAAUUAUUUUCAACUCAGUCUUUUGUACUUUUUUGCCCUAAGAACAUACCUCUGAUCUUCUAGGGGAUGUCAUUGAAAAAGGAAGGUUUGCUUUAUAGAAAUGUAUUUUGUUGCCAGUCAUGCUAAAAAUUAUCUGUUCUGUAGAAGGAUAUUUUUCAGCUCAGAACAUUCCUUUUUUAAUUGUUCUUGUUGAAUCUGAGAACCUGGAAUUAAAGGACCAUCUUCUCUUCCUAACUCUGGAUUUAUCUGUGAGUUUUUAAGUUAUUUGUAGCCAUCCAUUCCUGGAUCUUUCCAAAGUUAAAAAGAUCAGUCUGGAGUUUCCAUUUCAGUUCUCAAUUCUGUUUAGGUGCCUAAUGUUUGUUCUCUCCUAGAUAUUUAGUAUUUACAAUCUGGUGUAUGGUUCAUGAGGAUUAGUAGAAGACUAAUUCUUCUGUUAGAUUCAAAGAGCUGGUUUCCCAGUAACAACCAAUGAAACUUGUUCUCAGUUUUUGCAGCAAAGAACCAAUUCUAGAAUAGUUUCAGCUAUUCCUCUCUUGGGGCAGCCAAGAAUAAGGCAUCCAGUUUUAGUUUUUCCCAUCACCAAAUCCAUAUGUGUAUUUUUAUAUUUGACAGUAUUACCUUCAUGUGAAUCAAGCCUUGGGCUGCAAUAUUAACAUAUACCUGUUCCUCUUCAUUCCUUUAAUAAAGGCAAUACUUUUGUA